CUCGUAGUUUUCUCACUUCUCUUUAUAUUCCGUGGCACGCCGAUCGAAGAGUAGUUCAUCCCAGGCUCCGGCGGCGUUGCAUUGAUUUAUUAGGGUUUCUUCUCCGAUCAUCGCCUUUGAUUUUGAGAGAUGGAACAGAGUGUUAAACAAAUGCUGAGACUUAUUGAAGAGGGUGGAGAUUCUUUUGAAGAGAAGGCUGAAAUGUAUAAUCGGAAAAGGCCAGAGUUGGUUGCUCAUGUUGAGGAAUUCUACCGCAUGUAUCAAUCACUAGCUGAGCGUUGUGACCAUUUAACAGGAGAAUUGUUUAAGAGUAAUCCGUCCAUGCUCCAAGCACAGGUAACCCCUGAUCAAAAGCUGGGUGUGCACAGGUCUAGCCAUCAUUCUGUUAAUAUGGAUUCACCUCUCAGCUCCGGGAGUGCUAGCUCUGAACUUUCUUUGAAGGAAGGUGCUGAAUCAUUUUCGUCAUCAUCAUCAGACUCUGAGUCAGAAUCUAUCACCUCCUCCAUUAACAGGUACUUGGGCACUCCUUCAAAUGGUGAUGGCAAGGGGCUUCAAACUAUGCUCCCAAGCAUGAAGGAGAAGCUCCAGGUAACUGAGGACAAGGAUGCAGAUUGUAUCCCAAAGGUGGGAACUCAUGCUAGUUAUGAGGAAUUGCUUGGGAAGAUCACUGAGUACAGCCAAAAACUUGAGUUCUCAGAAGAAGAGAUUGCCAGGUUGAAUUGUGAGCUCAAAAAGAAUGAAUCUGCUACUGGAACUCUGCAAGCUCAGCUUGAAUCAGCAUGGAGAGAGAUUGAGAUGCAGGAGGCCAAUCUUGAAUUGGAGAAAAGACAAGUGCUAGAGCUGCAAAAACAGACAGCUGAACUAGAGAACCGUGUUUCAGAAUCUGAUCACAAAAUUUGCAUGUUGGAGGAAGAGUUAGAAGAAACUAAAAAAAGACUUAUGGGAUCAGAGGAAGAGAAUGAAAAGUUGAAGCAUGAACUUACAAAUGAAAUUUCUGUAGUCAAGCAUCAAUUGGAAGAUCAGCGUGCAUUGGCUGUCAUGUUGGAAACCCAGCUGCAAGACAGUAUUAUAAAGCACAUGGCCUUUGUAUCAGACCAUGAUCGUGAAGUUGAAUCUUUAAAUUCUGCACUACAUAAUGCCCAAGAAAACUUCUCUCUCGAGAGGGCACAGCUCCAAUCUGAUAUUUCUAGCUUGUCAAAACAAGUAGUCCUGUUAGAGACAAGACUCGAAGAAUGGAAAGCUAAGGAAAUGGAGAUGAAAGGUCUGCAUGAAGCUCAAGAGACUGUUUUGCAAGGUGAGAUUGAACAGUUAAAGGCAGAACUCUCUGAGAGAGGUGACAUUGUACAAGCCUUGAAUAAAAAUCUGGAUGCACUUAAACUCACAUAUGAUAUGCUCAUGGCUGAGAAGGAUGAGCUGAGUGCCAGGGUAGACACUCUCAUUGCAGAUGUGAAUUCUUGGGACAAUCAGAUUCAACAGUUGGAGGAUCAUCUACGCCAGUUACGCAUUGAACGUGUGGAGCUGAUUGCUGGAACUGAAAGCGCACGCAAAUUAGUAGAUGAAUUAAGCUGGAGAGUAAAGGAGCUGGAGAGAGAGGUGGAGAGGCAGAGGGUUGUGAUCUCAGAUAGGGCUGAGGAGAAAAGGGAGGCCAUUAGGCAGCUAUGUUUCUCACUGGAGCACUACAGAAGUGGGUAUCAAGAACUUCGCCAAGCAUUUAUUGGGCACAAACGGCUGCCAAUUUUGGCUUCAUAAGUUCAUUUUUUCCCUGGUAAUGGUCUCUGGGAAGUUUAUUUAUGAGGUUUGCAUUUCUUUUUCACAGUCCUUUUAGUGUUGUAUUGUGCUGAAGAAUACCCUUAUCUAUAGCUUUCUACUAUUAGUUUUGAACCUUCUAUUUCAUUCUAGCUCAUGAAUGCUUAAGAUCCAACAGUGCUAUAUCAUGCUUAAUGUAUCUUGACUCUGCUCUAUUGCAUCAUGCAUGUUGAAUAUAAUCCGAAUUUGCAUAGAGCAGUCUUUCGAAUGAUCUGACCCUACCAUUUUAUGUCGUAAA